AUGUCCAGCGCGGAAGAACUGAGUAAUAUUAUGUCUGAAAACUUAACUGACGUUAAAAAUGAGACUCUUGGUAAAAUACCAGCUACUCCUGAAGGAAUGGCCGUGGCCUAUGGCAGUUUGAUAUUGAUGGCGUUAUUUCCAAUAUUUUUUGGAUCUAUAAGGUCCGUAAAACACCAUCAUGAACAAAAGUCUCUCACAGAAAAGCCUGAAACAAUGACUCAAGCUGAUGCUGCUAUGUUUCCACUUAUUGCCAGUGCAGCAUUAUUUGGGCUGUACAUUUUUUUUCAGAUUUUUUCAAAAGAUUAUAUUAAUCUCCUUCUAACUGGAUAUUUCUUUGUCCUUGGUGUAUUAGCAUUAUGCCAUUUGGUGAGCCCUGUUAUUAGCUCACUUGUUCCUGCAGCCAUACCAAAUCUCGAUUUCCAUUUAACUUUUGUUCGUGGGAAGGGGCAAAACAAAGAACACCUUAUUGAUUAUGAAUUCACUACUUAUGACAUAUUUUGUCUUGGUUGUUGCACAGUUGUUGGUGUUUGGUAUCUUUUCAAAAAGCAUUGGAUCGUGAACAAUCUUUUUGGAAUUUCUUUCGCCAUUAGUGGAGUUGAACUUCUACAGUUAAAUAAUGUUGUCACAGGUUGUAUAUUAUUAUGUGGCCUGUUUUUUUAUGACAUUUUUUGGGUUUUUGGAACUAAUGUCAUGGUAACAGUUGCAAAGUCAUUUGAAGCACCCAUAAAACUGGUAUUUCCUCAAGAUCUUCUUGAACAAGGACUAAAGGCUAAUAAUUUUGCAAUGCUUGGAUUGGGUGAUAUUGUUAUACCAGGAAUUUUUAUUGCUCUUUUGUUGCGAUUUGAUAACAGUCUCAAAAGGAAUACUAAACUUUACUUUUAUGCAUCAUUUGUUGCAUAUUUUCUUGGGCUAUUAGCUACAAUUUUUGUUAUGCAUCAAUAUAAACAUGCUCAGCCUGCAUUGCUGUAUUUGGUGCCUGCUUGCUUAGGAACACCUUUAGCCAUUGCGCUUCUGAAGGGUGAUAUUUCUGCUCUGUUCAAAUAUGAGGAUCACCCAAGUGACAAAAAUGAUGGAAAAGAAACGAAAAAGAAUAGCAAUCAGAAAGAUAAAUCUACAUCAAACUCUUCUACAACAUCGAAGGUUUCUCCUAAAUCAAAGAAGAUCAAGUAA